AGCUAACCAAGGGAUCCCAGUGGCCCCGCCCACUACCGCCACCCCGCCCGCGCCUAUCCUCGCUUGCACAGUUGGCUGAGGUAUUUUGGCCCAAGCGAGGAGCCGUAGCCACAGUCUCCUCCGGCGUCCGGAGCUGACUGUCCAGCGCCAAACUCAGGCGCAGGCUCGCGAUGUCCGAAGACGAAACCCGGCAGAGCGGAGGUUCCUCUGAGGCCCGCGCGGCGGCUGUCAGCGACAUCCAGGAACUGAUGCGGCGCAAGGAGGACAUCGAGGCGCAGAUCAAAGCCAACUACGACGUCCUGGAGGGCCAAAAAGGUGUUGGGAUGGAUGAGCCGCUGGUGGACUGCGAGGGCUACCCACGCGCGGAUGUGGACCUGUACCAAGUGCGCACGGCCCGGCACAACAUCAUCUGCCUGCAGAAUGACCAUAAGGCACUGAUGAAGCAGGUGGAGGCGGCCCUGCACCAGCUCCACGCCCGUGACAAGGAGAAGCAGGCCCGGGACCUGGCUGAAGCCCGCAGGGAGGCCCUGAGCCGCAGGCCCGACCAGGACGAGAACCAGGGCCCCCCACAGCCCUUUGCCAGGGUGAACAGUGUUAGCCCCGGCUCCCCGGCCAGCUUCGCGGGCCUGCAGGUGGACGAUGAGAUCGUGGAGUUUGGCUCUGUGAACGCCCAGAACUUCCAGUCGCUACAGAAUGUUGGCAGUGUGGUGCAGCACAGCCAGGGGAGGCCCCUGAUGGUGACUGUGAUCCGCAGAGGGGAGAGACAGCAGCUCCGCCUGGUCCCGACACGCUGGGCUGGCAAAGGCCUGCUGGGCUGCAACAUUGUUCCUCUGCAGAGAUGACUGCCCCUGGGAGCAGCGGCAGCAGCAGCGCAGCUCUCCGAGCCCAGGACCUGGGCCCUCCACGCAGUCAGUCCCCCGUUCUCUUUGCCCCGUGAAGACCCAGGAUCGUGUGGUGGCAGGCAGCGGCAUCUUGUAGAAACACCAUGUAUGCUCGGCGUCUCUGAGCACUCGGCCUAAAUGGGUUCUGGGGUUUGGGGCAGGUGGGCGGAGCUGUGUGGCAGGUGUCGACAAGACUGUUCUAGGAGUUUCUUUUCCCCAAAUACGGCCCUGCAGGGUGGGGGUGAGCACCCCAGCUGAAUUUCUCUUGAGCACCUCCAAGCUGAGAGGGUUAGAGAAGGGCUGGAACAGCAUGAAGGUGUGCAAAACGAACCAGUGAUAUGCUGAGGCCAGGCUCUGGUGACGUCUUUGUCCCCAGUUUGGCUGCUGUGUACACGGAGGGCUGAGCAGCUGAGUGCAGCCUCAGAGGCUCAGGUCUUUGGGGCCCCAGGAAGCCCACAGCGGGUGGCGAGGCCCCUGCUCAGGAAGGAAGCGUAUUCGCUGCUUCCAGCUUGACCUAGAACCAAAUUCCCAGCCAUAUCCCAAGAUCAGCAUUUUGACAAACUAAGAUAUGCUUGUCACUGCUGAUAGAAGGCUUACAGAUCUGACUUCGAAUACCAUUUGCUUCCUUAUUUUCUCUGUUAAGAUUUGAGAUCAUUCCUUGGACCCUGUGUCUGCAUCUCUCCCUCUGUGGUGUCUGCAUGCUUAUUGGCCCCCGUUUUGCAGACCGCUCCCUCUUGGAGAGGCCACUGCCCAGGACGCCUGUCCCCAGUGACUGCCCCGGCCUACCCAAGCUUCCCAGCGGCAUUGCGCGCCCCCGCGUGCAGGCUCCACUCUGAAGCCUUCUGCCGCGCUCCCCCGAUGGCGUACCAGCGGGGGAGCGCGCCCUGUUUACAAAUGCACCUCGUUCAAGCUGCGUGCGCCAGUGCAAGUAUUUUCCAGAAGUCCCAGGCUGCAAUAAAGUCCGUACCCUCCACUUCCA